AUGUUGAAAAGAAUUUAUGAUGGAGUGUUCAAAGGGUUGGAGGGCGAUUCUCAAAGAGGUCAUACGGUUUACAAUAGCCAACAUGACCUGCUCUGUAACACCCAAUUUGACCUGCGUUGUGAUAUCUGUGGUUCAUCGGAUAUUUUGAUGCUAAGUACAAGAUUUUGGAAACAAAAAAUUUGUGCAGCACAUCAGCACGACAAGACUCUAAUAUGUAGCGGCUGUGAAAGAUAUAAGCCAAGAAAUGAAAGAUACGUCGAGCUUGGCAGUGGUGGGUGGCAAGUCUGCCAUGAUUGCUGUUCUACAGCAGUGAAUAGCGCAGAGAAACUGAAAACACUAAUCGGAAAAGUGCAAGCACUUUUCCGAGAAUCAAAACUAGUAGUUGGGAAAGACAUCCCAAUUUUCCUAGUGACUGCAGAUGAGCUUGGCAAGUUUCUGAAUUCUCAUGAGGUUGAGAAAUGGGCAGUCAUUAGCAUACCAAAUGAUGCAAGUGUGGUUAAACCUCCAAGAUAUGAAGAUGUUGGAGAAGAAGUUAGGGAAGGGCUAUGUCAUAUGAUGGCAUACAAGUGGCUGGAAUUCUCAAAAUCCGACGUUGAGGGUUGUUUUUGUUUGACGGAUGAGCAGAGUGAAUAUGCAAAAGAUUUCAGAACUUAUCUUAAACAAAAGAUGAAAGGAGCACGUUACAGGGUUGCUGAUAUCCAGCGGUUUAUGGAAGCAAAGCAUGAAGCCGAUGAACGUGGCCAAGCUGCACCUGAAACCAUUGAUGGUAUCGAUGGGUUCAAAAAUGUCAUGCAUGCAGUAGAUAAAUAUGGCUUAGCAUAUACAUUAGACUUCGUUGCCCAUAAGAAAACGCUCCCAAAAUAG